CCACUCAAAGCAUUUUUUAUAAAUGGCAGUAGUUGCGUAGAUGUCACUAUAUUCGCUCUCCACUGCGACAUUAUACUAUCAUGGCGGCCGCCGUAGGCAGGAUUUGUGGGACACGACUUUUGAGAAGUUAUGGCCUCGGUGCCCCUCAGGUUUGUCAGCUGUCCACCAGAACCCAAGGAUGGACAAAAAGCAGAAAACUGUUACUGUCAACACUUGGGGUGGUAGGAGGCGGGGUGGGCGCACUUCUGUUUGCAUUGGAGCAGUCAGUUCAAGCAUCUGGUGGGGAAGCACACCCCUACCACCAGCCGUGGAGUCAUGAUGGAUGGUUCUCUGCACUUGACCAUGCCAGCAUUCGGCGAGGCUACGAGGUAUACAAACAAGUGUGUAAGGCGUGUCACUCGUUGAAUUUCGUCGCGUACCGAAACCUGGUCGGUGUCUCCCACAGUACGGAAGAAGCUAAACUUGAAGCAGCUGAUGUGAUGGUCAAAGAUGGACCGGAUGAGGAAGGCAACUACUUCGAGAGGCCUGGCAAACUGACGGACUAUUUCCCCGCGCCCUACCCCAACGAAAAUGCGGCUAGGGCUGCAAACAAUGGCGCGUACCCGCCGGACCUUUCGUACAUCGUCUCCGGGCGCAAGGGUGGCGAGGACUACAUAUUCUCCCUACUCACUGGCUACAUGGAAGCGCCGGCGGGAGUAGUUCUGCGCGAGGGGCAAAACUACAACCCCUACUUCCCCGGUGGUGCUAUCUCAAUGGCACAAGUACUUUUUGAUGAGGCGGCGGAAUACUCGGACGGCACGAAGGCGACGGCGUCGCAGAUGGCCAAGGACGUGGCGACGUUCCUGCGGUGGUGCUCGGAGCCGGAACUGGACGACCGCCGGCUCAUGACCAUCAAGGCCAUGGGCAUCUUCGCCUUCCUCACCGCCAUCUUGUACUACGGCAAACGACACAAGUGGUCCUCCCUCAAGUCUAGAAAGCUAGCCUAUAAACCUGUCUCUAAGAAAUAAAACGCCAGCAUAGAGAGUACAAUGUUUUAGACAAUUUUUCGAUAGGCACAGUAACACGUUUCAUUGUAUUAAAUUAAUUUAUUUUAUAUCAUAUUUUUGAUUUCUCCUUGUUUUCGAACUGUUUGUCUGCUGUUUAGAGACGGGCUACGUUCAAGUUGCGCAUCGCCUCGCCCGGGGCUGUUACUUAUUGUAAUAAUGUAAUUUUAUUGAUAGAGCAUUUCGUCAUCGUGCGUCUGUUGUAGCACAGUCAAAUUAAUUAAUUUAGUUAGUUGACUAAUAUAUAUGUGCUGGUGAUGUACCGUGAAAGAUUAUAACUGUGAAUCAGUGUACAGUUGAAUAAAUGAGUUAUUCAAAA